AUAUAUACGAUGUUUCUUGUAAAGGCUGUUUUAUUGGAUCAACUUCGCAAAGUGGAACAGAAGUGUAGUAAGCAAAAGAUAGAUUUAAUUGCGAGUGAAUAAUGAGGACUAGCUUAACAUGUCCCUGAGCAGUUAUUAUUGCUAUUAUUAUUACAAUAAUAAUGACUUUUAUUUCAUUGUUUUUUUCCCCCCGUUACAAACUGAUGGACACGCGAUUGAAAAGUUUAUAAAUUUCUGAAGCAGGACACGCGGAUCGUACAAAUAUAUAUUUAUAUAUUUUUUGUUUCUUUCAUAAAUAUUUUACUUCAGAAGUUGUAAUCUUAUACACGGCAAUAUACGUGUGCGUGUAUGUAUCUUCAUUAACGAUACACAUGUAUAAAAAAAUAUACUUUAUUCAUAUAAUUAUUCAUUUUCAUGUAUUUACUUAUAACUAACCUUAUGAUAUACACAGAUUCACACUAACUUCUGCAUAUAUGCACGCAUCUACACUAUAAUACAAAGAACCGAUAAUACAUAUUUACAAAGUAACAUUAUAGUUUUACGAAUCCAAUAUAGGUAGAAUCAACAAAAAGUACUCCAUUCUGUGAGAGAAAAAUAUCAAUUUAAUACACAAUUUAAAAGGAGCUGCUAGUAGUUUCAUACUUUUUCAUACUGUAAAUUGGCAGAUUUAUAAACCACCCGAUGUAUAAUCAAGUUUUCACAAUACAUCCAUAUUAAAAUAGUUAAAUAUAUAUGUACAUUAGAUUAUUAAAACCAUACCAUAUAGUAACUAUAAUUACAUAAGUUAUAUAUGAAUAAUAUAUAUUUAAGAUUCUUAUAUAUGUAAUUAUAUAUAAUUUAGCAUAUAAUUAAAACCAUCCCCAAAAUUCACAUUCAUACAUACACAAAGAAGCAAGAAUAUAAGAAUGAUAAAAUGCAAAAAUGGAAACUGAAGAAGAUAAUCUAAUAGAAAACCGAAAACAGAAUUUGAAAUUCUUCAAAAGAAAGGAACAGAAAAAGGAAAAAAAAUUCAUUAUAUCGACAUAUAUUCUUUGUUUCAUAUAACACUUUUUUUUCCUUCGUGUGGAAAAUUUUUGAACAUACAAAUUUUUGAUAUCACAUAAACCAAUAUAUAUAUAUAAAGCCAUUUUCAUAUCAGCGAUUCAAGGAGUUAAAUUGUCUACCUUAAGAGUUGAUCGACUUCCUAUCAUUACAAUCAUCAUGGCACAUACUUUGAUCAGCCCAACUAUGAUGUUUGUACACCAUCCAAUUCGCCCAUUCUUCUCUCAGUCACACUUCGGAGGUAACCAUUCUUCCUGUUUGCCACCAACCAUGAGCAACAACAGUUCAACCACAGGCGUUCCUAGCUGUGCCCUAAAUGACAUUCUCCAUUGCCAGCAACUUGUGUCAGGUUUUUUACCAUGGCCACCAUCGUACAUUCCAAGUCCAUCUCCUCGAAGGCAAAGAGAAGAUUAUUUUAAUUAUCCAAGUAAACAGAAUGGAAUGUCAUCGCUGCUAAGUUUGCAGUCAGCCAUAGUUCCUCCUGCUGCACAUAGACUUGCAUUAGCUCAGUCAUCAAAAUUGCUUAACCAAUUCCAACAUGUCAAAGAAGAGCCCACCACUACUAGUCUUCAUGAUCCACACCAUCUUAACCAUCUUCGGCGACAACAACAUGUGCAACAUCCUAGUCAUUUGAGACAUCACAAACAACAACUUGAAGAACUACGACUGAAGACAACGUCCCAUAACCAGUUCCACUGUUCUAAUAGCAGUGAAUGCGGUUGCUGUGAAACUGUUGUAAAUUCUUCAAUUGCUAAAAAUAAUGGUUGCUGUAAUAGUAAUAAUAAUAAUAGUAACAAUAAUAAUAUUAAGGGUAAUAGUAAUUAUAAGAAAGCUAAUACUGAUGAUGACAGUAGUGGUAGUGAUGACAAAGAUGUUGAAGGUGAUGAUUCCUACAGGUGUAAAUCACCAGCAUUUAAUUUUCGGAAUCUUGGUAAAUCCAUGGAAGCAAUUGAAGAGGCGAAGCAAAAGAGAAAAAGGCAAAUUUCAACGCCGGAACCAGAAAUCGAUGUUGUGACAAUAACAGAAGUUCAUCAUCUUGAAGGAAAAAUAAAUGAGAACAAGAAACAUCUUGGAAUUUUGGUGGACAGUCCGGAGAAAUCGAUGAGUAUUGCAGACAGUCAACACCACAAACUAACAACCACAACGACCACCACCACAACAACAGCUGAAUCAAAUAAAGUUGUUUAUAAAUACGAACUCACCAAAGACAGCAAUAGCAGUAGUAUUAACAGUAAUAGUAUUAUUAAUAGUAGUAGUAAUAGCGGUGGUAAUGACAAUAUGUUCACAGAAGUACGAAAAUAUCAGCACUUCCGUCGCCAGCUCUUAAGUAGUCAACAGUUUCAUAAUAGAUUGCAGGAGUUACAUCAUAUCAGAACCCCUCGUCGAUUUCAAAAACCUGGAAAUAUUACAACCUCACUGAGAGCUAGAAGAUCUAAAUUUAAAAAAGGUGAGAAACGAGUAUAUAUUUGUCAGUAUUGCCAACGAAGUUUCACCAAAGCUUACAACCGAAACAUACACGUGAGAACACAUACCGAUGAACGUCCUUAUCAGUGUGAUAAAUGCUUAAAAUGGUUCCGUCGGCGAGAUCACCUACGAGAUCACAAAUACACCCAUCAAGAGAAGAAACCAUUUAUUUGUGAAAUUUGUGGGAAAGGUUUUUGUCAGUCAAGAACUUUGAAAUCACAUACAGCUGUUCAUCAUCCUGCAAGGUUACCACUCUGAGUAUCAGCUGAACUUCUGCCAAAUUCCAGCAUGCGAAGAUUUGUAGCCAAAUCAACAGAAAUAUAUUGACGAGAAGUAUGUACAUACAACUGCAAAGAAGGAUUCCAUAAAUUACCUUUUUGUGACAUUUCACACUCAAGCACACAUCAGAGAUGUACUUGCCAGCCAUGUGAAUUCUAUUUGAGACCAUGUGCUGAAAUUAAAACAAGUUUCAGCAUGGAAGUUAAAAAACAAAACGAAGACUGAUCAUUGCUAGCCUAAGUAUUGAACUAGCAGUUGUUAUCGGAAUAGAACCUGUUAUCAAGAACCAUUACAUAGUCAAAAUGGUUUUAUAAAACAUUCAUUUUAUAUUACACAAUUAAAAUACAUCCUAGGUUG